ACCUCGCAGGCACUCGGGGAUCGCCCGUCGUUUUCUUGGUUUUUAUGUUUAUAAAAAUUGUUUUAUUGACGCGCGUCCCACACAUACGAAAACUAGCACGUGAACCGUGAUUUUUUUUUCGUUCCCGAGAUCGAUCGUUUCGACGUGCGAAAAUUAUUUGCCAGUCGAAUCGAGCGUACAUGUAUAGAGGUUAACACGAUACCGCAUAUUAUCGUUAUCGAAAAUUUCGCGAAAAUUCCAAUAGCAAAGAAGUUCGCGAAAACGUUCGCACGCACGAUACUGUAUAACUUUUACGCCGUACUACACGCAUCAUGACGACCUGCAAAUCUUGUUUCGCGUUGAUGAGCUCACUAGUCCUGUUAUCCUGCGCGCCGCGAUCUGCGGUCGCAGUUCAGACGGACGCACAAGCAAUGAUGUAUUUAUCUCAAUUUGGUUACUUGAGCCCUUCGAUGAAAAAUCCAAAUUCAGGUCAUAUCAUGUCUGAGGAAACAAUGGCUCGAGCGUUAAUGGAGUUUCAAUCAUUCGUUGGUCUAAAUCUGACAGGUCACUUGGAUGACGAAACGCUACACUAUAUGAGUAUGCCUAGAUGUGGUGUUCGAGACAAAGUGGGAUUUGCUACAGACUCCAGGUCCAGAAGAUAUGCUCUACAAGGUAGCCGGUGGAGGGUGAAAGAUUUGACGUAUAAAAUAUCCAAGUAUCCUAAACUGCUGGGUAAGUCGGAAACGGACUCGGAAAUCCGGAAAGCAUUCGACGUAUGGUCUGAAGUUACACCGUUGACGUUUACUCACAAAAAGUCCGGACAAGUACACAUCGAAAUCAGAUUUGAAAAAGGCGAACACGGCGAUGGGGAUCCAUUCGACGGACCGGGUGGAACUUUAGCACAUGCUUUCUUUCCAGUAUACGGUGGUGAUGCUCAUUUUGAUGAUUCAGAAAAAUGGUCAAUAGGUUCAUUUAAAGGUACUAAUUUAUUCCAAGUAGCAGCUCACGAAUUUGGUCACUCAUUAGGAUUAUCUCACUCUGAUGUCCGGUCCGCAUUAAUGGCACCGUUCUAUAGAGGUUAUAAUCCGUCAUUUAAUUUGGAUAGCGAUGACGUAGAAGCCAUUCAGGCUCUGUAUGGUGCUAACACCUCGGCAGAAGGAUCAGACAACGACGACGACAGUACUAGCCAAGGAUCGGGUAAAAAGACAACAACGCAAGAACCGCCGGGCACAGAGGGCAGCGACGCUGAAUUAUGCACAGACACUAAAGUGAACGCUUUGUUCAAUUCGGCCGCCGGUGAAACGUUUGUGUUUAAAGGUGAUUAUUAUUGGAAGUUGACUGACGACGGACUCGCUCAAGGAUUUCCCAAGCCUAUCGCAGGCACGUGGUCUGGCCUUCCAGGCAGCAUAGACGCUGCAUUUACGUAUAAAAACGGUAAAACUUAUUUCUUCAAAGGCACAAAGUAUUGGAAGUACACUGACACCACAAUGGAUGACGGGUAUCCAAAAGACAUAGCCGAAGGCUUUGCCGGUAUCCCGGAUAAUGUUGACGCCGCUCUAGUUUGGAGCGGGAACGGAAAGAUUUACUUUUUCAAAGGCUCAAAGUUUUGGAAAUUCGACCCAAUUCAAAAGCCUCCCGUAAAGAGCACGUACCCGAAGCCUAUUAGCAAUUGGGAUGGUAUACCAGAUAAUAUAGACGCAGUUUUGCAUUACACGAAUGGCUAUACAUACUUCUUCAAAGACGAAAACUAUUACAGAUUCAAUGACAGAACAUUUGCUGUCGAUAUUGCAGACCCACCUUUCCCACGUAAUGCUGGAUAUUGGUGGUUUGGUUGUAGAGCUGAAAAUAAGGGACAUCGGCAAGAAAUGACUGCAGCGCCCAGUGUACUUAGACCAACGUGGCUGGAAGUGAGACGGGAUCACAAGGGGAAUCAAAACACAGAUGUCGGUGAUCUGAUAUUGGACGCAGAAGAAGAUAGUGGCCACACAAGUAUUUUGAAAAUAUGAUACUGUGCGGAGGACCGCGUCGAUUUAUUAUAUUGUUUGUUGAAUGUUUUGGACACAGUGUAAUACCUUACCUACACGUCAAGUGCCGAGUACAACUACUGGACCUACCGAGUUAUCGACCGACUGCAACGCCACCGUGCCGGAGGCAUGUUUUUGUAUAUAUCGGUAUGCCUAUACAAAUAUGAAAAAAAAAAAACAAAUAAUUGUUAUUAGGAUUCAAAAGGCCCGUGUACAGCCUUUAAAUAUUUAUUCCGAACUUUGAAUGUACGAGUUCAGCGUUGGGUCGACUUUUUAAGAGACUGAAUUUUACACAUCGUUAUAUAAUAUUAUAUGUACCUGUAUUUAAGAUGAUAUCAUUAUAUUUAAUUUUUAUAGUAGAUAUUAUUUUUAUUGUAAUAUAUACAUAGGUAUACGUUUGUUUUGUUUGAAAAUUAAUAUUAUUCUCAUUCCUUGUAGAGAUAUUAUUUUUUUAAUUAUUUUGUAUUUUAUUUCAAUAAUAUUAUCUCAUGAUACGCGAAAUAAUACUAUGUUGCAUUUAUAUAUUUAGUACAUUGUUCAACUUUUACAGUUUUUGAAUGAAACUUGAAAUAUUGUUUGAAAAUAUAGAAACUGUAACUGA